UUGCUUUUUCACUGUCUGCUCGUAGACGUCAUAUCUUCACUGCUAGGUUGGGAAAAUCUCUUCGCGCACGGGAUUUAUGGAAUACAGGACUAGGGUAAAUGAAUGACUGUUACUGUGUUUAAUCUACAUACAGACGGCCUUGGUCAUGGCCGAUUCCACGCGAUUAGCCCACACGGUUGACUUUACAAGAAAACAAACUGGAAAAUCACCCAAGAGUAAAUCACAUAUGAAAAGAAGUCAAAGCCAUUUCGACGCCAAAGAACUAUCGAAAAAUGGAUAUUCCAGCACCCUGAGUUUGGACGCUAAAGGAAAGGAUAUAAAUGGAAAAGAUAGUGUUAGUGAGAGCCUACCUUCAGUUAAAGGUCUCUCGAAUUUGGGGAACACAUGCUUCUUCAAUUCAGUAAUGCAAGUGUUGAGCCAAACACAUUGGUUGACACAAUUACUAGACAUGGAAGUUCGUGAUGGCCAUGUUGUGCAGCUGAAAGGUUCAGAUGGAAAUUCCUCCUGCAGCAGUUCCUGUUCAGCCUUUCAAGAGCUUGAAAACUGCAGUCCCUUAGUGAAUUCAUCAGAAAAUACAAGUGUAGAGGAACCGUUAGUUGCUGAGCCAAUCAGUGUAACCCUUGGUUCAGGUAAACCCCUAACACUUACAUUGGCAUCCUUUCUCAAGGAUAUGCAUUGUCCAGCUAUAACAGGAGGAACAGGAAAACGAAGGCAAUCAUUAUCCACAGUAACUCCUUCAUCUCUUUUUAACCAAGUCUGUAAAAAGAGUCCCCAAUUUAGAGGAUUUCAGCAGCAAGAUGCCCAUGAGCUUCUACGUCACCUGCUGGAUGGUAUCCGGACUGAAGAAAUUACACGGCGGCGCCACGCAAUUAUGAGCCAUUUCAAUUUACCUCUCACUAUUGUGAAAAACCAGCCGACAGAAGUUGAUCCAUUGCUAAAGCGAAAAUUGAAAGUCUAUGGGAAAGAAUCCGCCCACACUUUUGUGGAUCAAUUAUUUGGUGGUCAACUUCUCAGCACGGUGAUCUGUGAUUCUUGCCAUCACUCGUAUCAAAUCCUUGAGCCAUUUAUGGAUCUUAGCCUGCCAGUGUCAGAAGAUAAAUCACCACCGACCAGCCACAAGCGCAAGACCAAUGUCGUUGACUCACUGUCGUGCUUAGGCUCGUCCACACCAGUAACCCCAUCGAAACAUCAGCGUAAAAAAGAACGUAAAGCUGGGCGUCGAGGCAAAGGGAGAAAAUUUGAUAAGGAAGAAGAAGAGGAUUUGGGGCCAGUUACCAACACUCAAGUGGAUGAAAAUCCUCCAGCUGUGGACGAACCUGCUUCUUCGGGUGUCGAAGAUGAUUCUACGAGUAUGAAAACAGAAGAUACUGCUAGUAUGAAAACUGCUGAUAAGGAAACCGAUAAAGGGGAAGGAGACGACGAAGAAGAAGAAAGUCUUGUCUCGAGCGGAAGAGAAGAUGAAGAGGAUGAUGAUGUGGGCGGUGAUGUUGAGGACAACAACGAGGAAGUAAACGAGCUAGUGUCAAGAAUAGAACAGGUUCGCGUUGAUUCAGCAAAUGAAGAAGAUGGAAUCGAGCAGCUCAAAAUGGACAGCCCUCCUUCGACUCCAACUGCAAAGAAAAUUCGCAGCGAGUGGAUUGCCAAGAGUCUCUGUUCCUUGGCCGUCCGUUAUCAUGCCACCAAUCAAGAAUGUUCAGUCCAAUCGUGCCUUAAUCUUUUUACUGCCCCAGAGCUACUUACUGGCUCAAACAAAUACGGCUGCGAAAACUGCACUAAACGAAAAGCGGCAGCAGCUGUAGCUGAAGGGGCAGAUGAAAAUACUAAAAUACCAACCGUUUACAGUGUGGCUAGCAAACAAUUGCUCAUUUUCGCUCCGCCAGCCUUAUUAACACUUCACUUAAAACGUUUCACGCAAAAUGGAAUAGCUCUCCGUAAAGCCCAGAAACACGUCGAUUUCCCACUUCGUUUUGACCUCGCUCCGUUUUGCAGCGCAGCAGCUGCUGGUGUUAGCUCAAUACCGGCCGACCAAAAAGAAGUCAUCUACUCAUUAUAUGGAGUAAUUGAGCACAGCGGUCGACUUAGUAGUGGCCACUACACAGCUUUCGUAAAAGUACGACCAGUGACAUCUCAUCCACUAACCCAGUUUCUUCAACGAGAACCAAUGCAGACAGAAGAUCUUCUUCGUCUUAGGGAUCAACUUAGUGAACGCUUGCUUGCUGAACGAUCGACCGUUGAAGAUUCGUCUGAAUAUUCAUCUGAAGGGACUUGGUACUAUUGUAGCGACUCCCACGUAAUAGCUGUCAGCGAAGAAAAAGUCUUGAAAAGCCAAGCGUUUCUCCUUUUCUACGAAAGGGUACUGUGAAUUGCAAAUGAUAAUUUGAAUUGUUUAAAUUUGCCGCCACUAUACAAAUAUGUCACUUAAUACAAAAUUUCAUCGUGAAAA